AAUAGGCGGGUCCACCAAGUCACGAGGAUCCUAUGUGCUGGCCUCGUCGGCGGCUUCGGAUGGGCUCGUCGGAGCUGUACGGUGGGAAGAGAUGGAGAUGGGUCGUCGUGGAUAAAGACGGAGAUGGGUCGUCGUGGAUAGAGACGGAGAUGGGUCGUACCUGGUGGAUGGGUCGUCGGGUACGGUGGAUAGAGACCGCACGGUACCUUGUGGCCGGAGAUGGAGAUGGACGUAUUGGUGGCGGUGGUAGCUGGUGGGUGGAGGGAGGAGGGAAAGAUUUGGGGGAAAUUUUUUUUUGGGAGAAAUGGCUUCUCCAUUCGUGUUUAACGCAGGUUUUUAAAAUUUUGAAUUUUUGUUAUUUAAACAAAAAGGGCUGACGUGGCGUGUUGCCACGUCAGCCUGGAGGGACUCCCGUGCGCCGUGUAGAAGUACUUGGUGGUUGGGGUUCAAUUUGGUACCGCCACAUCUCUAACUAUAUAUAAAGCGCCGCCCCCUUUCUUAUUCCUUUGGGUUCUUCUGGUGUUGGCAGCCGCAGAGGGAGCCGGAAUCAACUUGGGACAUAGCCCUAAAGAGACGGACCCUCCUCAUCUUGCAAAACCCUGAGAUAAUCAAUUUAUUUACACCUUUCCCUGGAACACAAACAGAAAAUAUUGCAAAACCCUAACGCAACGCUCUAAUGGCCGUUAUGGAAGCGAAACCAGUAGCCGUGAAUGAAGGCAAAGAGAAAGAGGAAGAGGAAGGGGAAGAGGAAGAGGAAGAAGAGCUUUGGUCAUCGGACUCAGAAAUCGGAGACGCGUUGGAUUGGUUGGACUCCAAGGAUGACAACGAAGCUAUGGAGGGGAGUUUCGCACUCAACUCGAGGCGUCCCAACGCUCACGGAGGGCUGCACUCUCGCCCAAAUACGUCGACGCUUCAACCGCUCUCAAAUCGGAACCAGAGGUUUGCCAAUCACAUUCGAGCUUCGCCUUUGGAGGAGUGGGAGGGGAGGUUGAACGUAAGCAUGUCAAACACUGUGACGACUGCUAUUCGUGAAAGUGUUCGAGAGAUGGCCAUUGGUAAAACUAAAACUACUGAGAAAGCAGACCGUGCGACCGUUGAGCAGGCCAUUGAUCCAAGAACUCGCAUGGUUUUAUUUAAGAUGCUGAAUCGAGGUGUAUUUCAUGAUAUUAAUGGCUGUAUUUCUACAGGAAAAGAAGCAAAUGUUUAUCAUGCAACCAGAUCUGAUGGUCAGGAACUGGCCAUCAAAGUAUAUAAAACUUCUGUCCUGGUAUUUAAGGACAGAGAUCGUUAUGUGCAAGGUGACUACCGUUUCAGACAUGGAUACUGCAGGCAUAAUCCCAGGAAAAUGGUGAAAACAUGGGCCGAGAAAGAGAUGAGGAACCUUAUGAGGCUAAAGGCAGCGGGAAUCAGGUGCCCUGCUCCAAUUCUUUUGAGACUUCAUGUUCUGGUCAUGGAACUCAUAGGGAAAGCAGGUUGGGCUGCACCUCGACUUAAGGAUGCUGCCUUAUCUCUUGACAGGUUACGUGAAGGUUAUGUGGAGAUGAUUAUUGCAAUGCGGACAUUAUAUCAAAAGUGCAAACUGGUGCAUGGAGACCUCAGCGAAUAUAACAUACUUUAUUUUGAGGGUCACUUGUAUAUUAUAGAUGUCUCUCAGUCAGUUGAUCUUGAUCACCCUCAUGCCCUUGAUUUCCUACGUGAAGAUUGUCUUCAUAUUUCUGAUUUCUUUAGAAAACAUGGUGUAGCUGUUAUGACAAUUCGUGAACUCUUUGAUUUUAUAGUUGAUCCUUCUAUUGCUGAUGAGGCUGUGGACAGUUAUCUGGAAGAGGUGCAACAAAAAAUUUUGGCUAGAGGAGACAUAUCUGUGGAAGAUGAAAUUGCAGAUUCUGUGUUUGUGCAGUCAUUCAUCCCAAAGACGCUAGAACAUGUGAAGAAUGCUGAGGAGGAUGUGCAACGGAUAACCAGUGGGCAGGACACUGAAGAUAUGUAUUACCAGACUAUCACAGGACUCAAGGACGCUCUUUCAAGAGGUCAGCGGUCUCCAGCUGAACAGGCAGCAGAGCCUUCUGAAGGGUCAUCUAUUAACACAGCUGGUCACUCUAAUCCUUCCGAGAACAUAACAGAGUCUCAAGCAGUUGAAGACGAAGAGAACUCGAGCGAUUCCGAAGCGAGUUUCUCAUCUCAAUCUGAAGCAGAGACUCCGGAGUAUAAAAAAGCUGCUAGAAAAGAGAACAAAAAGAAAGUCAAGGAGGAGAAGAGGGAGGCUCGCAAGAACAAAGUGCCCAAGGCUGUGAAGAAAAGAAAGAAGAAGUUGGGCAAAGCUCACAAGACUAGAUAGCUGCUUGUAGUGUAACUAUAAAGCCAAGUUUAUAUUUUAGAUAAAUUUUGCAUCCAUUUUUAGUUAAGGCGAAAGAAACAAUUUUGGCAGUGAGUAUGAUCCUGUAGUUUUUUCUUCCACCCAUUUUAUCUUUUUGAUUUGGUUAGUAAUUAUAGUUUUGUAAUUUGUUUACAUAUCUGACAUGGUCGCUGAAGUUAUGAAGGGAUAAAUUAAUUUCAAUUAACAGUAUUGUUGCUUUUUCA